CUGACUGCUUGCACUUUUCCUUUUCAAUUCCCUCCUUUUGUUUCUCCUUAGCAGAUACUUCUUUCUUUCUCGCUUUUUAUAUAUAUAUAUAUAUAGGCGUGGACAUAGAUAUAUAUGUAUAUAACAGUUCAUAUUGGUGGUUGAAUCAAGUCCGUUCUGGUUUUUAGGGUUUAAAUCGAAUAACCGAAUCGAUGAGGCCAAUAAGGCUUCCGGAACCGCCAAGCCCUAACAGGGGUGUGCCGGAGAUCUUCGAAGGUGGGGCCUACAACGUAAUCAGGCGCGCCAUCGUUAUCGGGAACGGGUUCCCGGGCUCAGAGAAUCAGAGCAUCGGGUUGGUCCGCGCUCUCGGGUUAGCUGACAAUCACGUGCUAUAUCGUGUUACAAGGCCAAGAGGAGGAAUAAAUGAAUGGCUCCACUGGCUCCCGGUUUCUCUUCAUAAAAAGUUAAAUUACAUCAUCAGGCAGAUUUAUGGUUACUCACGACUAUUUGUAACAACUCAAGGGGAGAAAGUACCCAUAGCCUUAGAAAAUGGUGGUAAUGUUGGCUUAACAUCUAUUUUAGAAGCUGAUGCAAAGCAGAUUGUGACCCUGGCUCGAGAAACUUAUGAAAAGGAUGGCCCUUUAUUGGUGGUUGCAUGUGGCAGAGAUACUAUAUCUAUUGCAAGCUCUAUAAAGCGCCUGGCAUCAGAAAAUGUCUUUGUUGUUCAGAUCCAGCACCCAAGGUCACAACUGAAUAGGUUCGAUUUGGUGAUCACACCACGCCAUGAUUUUUAUCCUUUGACUCCUCAAGGGCAGAAGCAGGUUCCUCAGUUUCUCCGGAGAUGGAUAAUUCCACAAGAACCGCCUGAUGGUCAUGUGGUUCUCACAUCAGGAGCUUUGCAUCAAAUUGAUUCUGCUGCACUGCGCACUGCAGCUAGUGAAUGGCAUGGUGAUUUUGCUCCUCUGCCGAAACCAUUACUUGUGGUUAAUAUUGGCUGGUCUACAGGUAACUGUAGAUAUGGUGCAGAUCUUGCAAAACAGUUAACAGGCCAUAUUCUUAGUGUUCUUGCAAGCUGUGGAAGUGUUAGAAUUUCAUUCUCGAAUAGGACACCUGAAAAGGUGUCAAAGUUGAUUGUCAGACAACUUGAUAAUAAUCCAAAAGUGUACAUCUGGGAUGGUCAAGAACCAAAUCCACACAUGGGGCAUCUAGCUUGGGCUGAUGCUUUUGUCAUAACAGCUGAUUCAGUUCGAUUAAUAAGCGAGGCAUGCAGCACUGGGAAGCCUGUCUAUGUUCUGGGUGCUGAGCGUUGCAAAUGGAAGUUAAUGGAUUUCCACAAGUCUCUGAGAGAGCGAGGCAUGGUUCGGCCAUUUACAGGUUCUGAAGAUAUAUCAGAAAGCUGGAGCUACCCUCCUCUUAAUGACACUGCGGAAGCAGCUAGUCGAGUGCACGAAGCUCUUGCUAAUCGUGGAUGGCGGCUGCGGCCUUAAAGAAUCUGUCGACAAUUGUUGUUGUAAGGGAUUCUUUUAAAUCAUAAUUUAAAAUUUGAAUAUUGUUUAACAGCACACGGAGGGAGGAGGAGCCACUAGAAGCACCAAUAGAUUUUAAAUUUCAUUCUUUCCCCUUUGGGGGGGAAGGGGGGGUUUCCAGAUAUCGGUAUAGACAAUAAAAAUCUAAAGCUGUAUUAGAGCGCCCUUGUAAAAAUAGAGAGAGGAAACUCUUUUUCUUUUUCUUGUUCUUGUUUUUUCUUUUUGUUUUUCUGUCUUUGCUGCAGUACUGACAGCUCUGGGAAUGGUAAAUAUUCAUUGUAAAUCAAAAAUAUUGUUCGCAAUUUUGUUUGAUUUUCCACGGAAAGAUUGUUCUGGAAUGAGAAAUAAGUUGUGACCU